AUGGCAGGCGAUGUGUAUGCAACAACACUUGGUCAUCCAGUUUUUUUGCCGACAGAUAGAUCAUUGAAUCCAUUCAGUGAUCGUUUUAUACAAAGAGUUAUUAAUAUGGACCGUCAGAAGCUCUAUAAUAUUCCACAAAUGGAUGACAAUGAAUUUUUACUAGAAUUAAUGAACAAUGAUGAUACAUUAGGUGGUUCGUUAUCUCGUGUUAUGGAAGAUGAUCCAUACGAAUCGAUUUUCGAUGAUAAACUUGAUGAUCAACUUACAUUACAAGAUAAUAUUGAUGGUGAAUGGGUAUAUUUAAUGACUGCUGGGCCGUUAACAGUUAAUUAUAUUAGUAAUCUUGUUGUUCUUGCAAGUAAACGUGACUUUCCAUUGACUCCUCCACCACAUUUUACGUUUCAAUACAUAAAAGAUCCAAGUUCUUUUAAAGCGACACUUGACCAAGUAGUACGUUCAAUGUAUGCUGCUCUAAUCGGAGCACAUACAGCUAUGGAUAGUAUUCAACUUAAUGUUCAAAGAAUACCAGGUCAUGUUAAAGCAGCGCUUAAAUUAGUUCUUGCUGGUUCACCUAUGAUGAUCGAAGUUAUGCUUCCAAAUGAAUUAGAUUCUAUUGGUAAAAUUGCUAAUCAAAGUGCCUUACUAGCGAGAAGAACAUUUGAAAAAUUUUCUUCUGUACAAGAACUUAUUGCUGAAGUUAUAGAAGCAAAUACAAAUACUCAUUCAUCACAAACGAAUAUUGUUGCUCAAAUUCAAGCACAAAUCGACAAAGCUAAAGAUGAACAACAAAUUCUCGACAAUAAUAUUAAUUCUAUCACAAGUCAAUAUGAUGAUGCUCGACGAGAACUGGAAAAAGCUCGCGAAGAAUAUCAACUAGCCUAUAACUCGAUUCCGACUGUUCGUGGAUGGUUUAAAAAGUUAUUUCGUAAAAUAAUUAAUAAAGUCGUAGCAAUUGUCACUGCUCCAUUACGUAUCCUUGGAUGUGUCUUAGGAUUAUGUUACAACAAUCAAGCUGCUCUUAUCGCAGAAACAGCUAAACAAAAUGCUAUAGCUAAAGCAAAUCAUUUACGUCAAUUAUUACAAGAAGCUGAAAAACGUCAUGCUGCUUUCGCUCAACAACAAACAGCUGAACAACAAAAACUCAUUGAUAUAAUUAAUAAAAUUACUACUCUUGAUUUAGAGAAACUGAGUGAAAAAGAAAUUCUAGAUAUUCUUCUUGAAUCUAUCUUACAAAUGAAUCAAAUAAAAGAACAAUGGGGACGUUUAAUUCAAUUCUUUUCCAAAUUAACCAUUCAAGCCGAUAACGCACAAGCACAUAACGUAUUACUUGAACCAAGUGAUCGAGAGCUUUUUGUUGAUAUUCUAAGUAUUACAUGUCAAGAAAUAGAACGAGGUGCUCAUUUACUCUAUGUUAUGUCUAAAACUUAUCAUGAUAUUUCUUCUGAUUAUAUGAUUGGACAAGCACUUAGUAUGCAUAAAUUACUUCAACUAAAAACGCCCACUGAUCAAGCAACUCAAUUACGUUUAAUCUCUUCAAAUACAACUUUAAUUUCAACAAAAGUUAUGCAAUUAGCUCAAGCUCGACAAAAUGAGUAUAAUAUACGUAACAAAGCACGUCGUGAAGAAUAUGAACGAUUUUUAGCCCAAGCAGCUGAAGAAGAUUUAGAAGGUUCUAUUGGUUAA